GGGUUAUUGCUAAUGACUGAACUAGCUUCGAGUUACGCACAAUCCAGUAACUAUGUACGAAAAACGGACCGCAUUUUGAAGAAGAAAAAGCAAGUCCCUCCCCCCAAAUAUUUGUGUGUUCCCGGUUCAUUGGCACUUUUGGAUAGGUAAAUUUACAACUAUGAGGUUUACAGUCUACUUAUGUAAAGGAUUUCAAUUAUUGAUAAAUCUAACUCAUUAUGCAGUGAAAUCAAAUGGUAAUCAAUUUAUAUUUAUUUUCAUCCGACUUAUGUCAAUAUGUUAGUUUAUUUCGAAACAAUGAUAUAGAUUUCGAAGUUGAAAAACUGCAAGCGCUCCAGAAUGAUCCCGACCCUAGCGACGUCCAGUUAGAAAGUGAAUCUAAAGCCAAAUCUUUGAAAAUUGGAAAAUCUCGUCGUCUAUUAAGGAAAGAACUGAAACACGAAUGGUUAAAAGUUUCGGAUUCCCGUGUUUUCUGGUCUCACAUAUUGCUGGGUUCAAAUGAGAUUAUUCGAUGUUUAGAGAGUUCUGUAUGCAAUAAAAGUGAGAAUAGCCAGGAAACUCAAGGAAGGAGGAUAUCAUGCGUUUUCAUUGAUUCUGGUUGGCUGGCAUCACAUUAUGGUCACCAUUUGGCUAACUUGUGUAAUCUGUUGGAUAUUAAAUUAGUGGCAAUCAAACCGACAGGAUCACUACCUGACUUAGUUACAACUAAGUUUAAACCUGUAAAAAAGCUGGCAGUUUUGGGGUUUUGCCUAUCUAAUGAGAUUCCAUCAGAUCUCUCUGACAUUUGUAAACAAAUCGACAUCAAGUUUCCUACACUUGGUGAUAACACUAGCAGCAUUGCAGCUCCAAUGGACAUUAAAAAAUGCGAGACUUCAUAUAAAAUGGCUAUUAAUUGUUCAAAAGCUUCUUCAUUAGUCGAGAAAAAAGAAAGUUGGGAGGAUGUGGAAAUUAGUUCAAAAUUAUAUGAUUAUAGUUCACCACUCCAUAAAUUUACUAUCACUGAAUUUCAGUCAUACCUAUCUUCUCUCGUUCUUCAGUCAUUUGAAAGUGAAAUUGUUCAUGGUAUGCUUGUUAGUGACAAUCAAUCUAACUUUGAAUACAGUUAUGGCUUUUGUGCGUAUAAACCACCUGUGUUAAAACGGGUUGUCUCUCGAACAGAACGUAAAACUCGAAAGCGGAAAACGUUUGCAUCUGCCAAUUUUCAGCCAAAAACUCCAGUAGAAAAACUGACAAACAUUGAUACAUGCGAUAAGGUAAAACAAGAGGAGGUGCUACCUAUAGUUUGAUAAAUCCACUUUAUUACUGAAUUUUGUAAACCUAUGUAACCGGUGUGUAAUAAAAUUUCAUUUAUUCUUUUUAACUUUGUUUUGUUAUCAUUUAUUUGUAUGUAUUGGUUAAUAUGAGUUGUUUAAUAAAAAAGUAGUUGGUUGUUGUAGAUUUUAGAUUCACUUUUAUUUACGUCGGCAGUGCAGUCUGUUAAUGUUAAUGUGACCACCCCGAUAACUCUCUCAUUCGACUUAAGCAAACAGCGUAAAACACAACAAUAGGCAGAAAAGAUGUAUAUUCAUAGCGAAAAGUUACAAAGUGUUUACAUAAUAUACAUGCAUAGCUUUCAAUUGUCCAUUUGCAUCCUUCUGUGUCCUGCCACCUGAACUAUCUUUUCAACUGGUUUCCAAGUGUUCUACCAACGCCGUGCUUUUGAUGCACAAAAACUCUUCACUCCGUCUGACAAUUGUUGCAACUUUGACGCUACGUUCCACUACACACUAAUUACAGACAUCUUAUGAGUAGCGUCCACUACAAUGGAACACUUAAGUGUACAUCGCUAAAUAUAUCGUAGUUAGCACUUGAACAAAAAUUUGCAUCAAAUCAACUAAUUUGAUUUCUCCACUUAGAAACCUAGGCCUAACUGCAAUGUGGUUGACUCGAGGAAUUCAUG